AGCGCAUGGCAUUCAUGUUGUAAACAUACAAGCGAAGGCAUUAAUCAGUAGUUCCAGUUCCAAUAUCGAAUAAUUUGUGUUGCUUUCGUUUAAUUGUUAAUAAAGCUAAAUCUGUUUAUUUCUGUUACUCAGACAAUAUGCACAUUGACGUCGCCGAGUUCACAGAAAUACCACUGAAAUAUGAAGCCCAGGAUACUGCCUACCAUUUCAUAUACGCAAAAGCGAACCAUUCACGAUCGUCAAGCAGGCUAAAACCAGCCGGAAAAACCCUAUUCGUACUGAAUAUUCCUCCAUACGCAACAUCGGAAGCACUUCGUACGGCCUUCAGCUCGGCCGGAGCGGUAGCAAACGUUAUUCUGCAGGAAAAACCUUCAGAAGAGUCGGAUGGCAGUCCGGAGCCGUCAACCAAAUUUAAGGUAGCCUACGUGGUUUACGAACAAGCUUCGUCGCUAAAGAAGUUGCUUCGAAAACGCGAACUGAACGCACUAAACGCGGACGGAAAACUGCUAACUGGAAUCGACAAGUGGACUAAAGAGUAUCAGGAACGUAUUCCCGAUCCAGUCGAGAUGCAGAAGGAAAUUGAUGCCUAUAUGGCCGGUUACGAUCGACAGGUCGCUGCGCAAAAGAUCAAAGAACAGCGAGCUACAAAGGAUGACGAAGGAUGGGUUACAGUUUCGAAAUCUAACGCCAACAUAUUUUCGCAGAAAGAAGCCGUUGUUGGCAAAUUGGAGGAAAAGAUCAAUCAAGGGCGUAAGAAGAAGGAGCUGAAAAAUUUCUACACCUUCCAGAUUCGGGAAGCCAAGAAGAACGACGUCGUUAGUCUGAGAAAAAAGUACGACAGAGAUCUUAAGAAAAUGCAGCAAAUUAAAAAAACGAAACGUUUCAAGCCCUACUGAUCCAGUAUAAAUUAUCAAAUAUAAAUUUUAGGUUCAAAGGAGCAAA